AUGUUUGAACGCGUUUUCAAUUAUUUUCAUACUCGAUCGUCAAAUCAGUCUCUGGAGGAUUCUGGCACAUCCAGCUCCACAGCGCACGAGAAUGAAACCACAGCACCCUCCCAGCUGCCUGCUAUCACUAAAGGCAACUAUACCGCAGUCUACUCUCAGGACACAGCUACGAAGGGCUGGCAAUAUCCCGCACUCAAGGAUCCCGACAAUCAGAUCAGGCUUAUUCGCGUACUGCCGCAUGACGGGGAGAAUGGCGUUAGAUGCACUGUGAUGGUCUUCAAUCGGGAAUCGCCUCCAGAGGAUGGCUAUCGAGCACUCUCAUACGCUUGGUCAGACUGUGGAACGCGUCAGAUUUUGGUCGAUGCAUCUGUCAGUCAGGUACAAUCCAAUCUAUACGACUUUCUCCACCACGUCUCGCUACAACAAGUCCAUGCUCCACAUCAAUGGGCCGGAUACUGGUGGGUUGAUGCCCUUUGCAUCAACCAGGUUCACCGCGAUGACAAUCCAGAAAAGAUUGCACAACUGUCACAAAUGAAGGAGAUCUAUGCUGGGGCCAGAGAGACUGUAGUUUGGCUAGGCAUAGGCUCACCGUCGCUUCAUCACAGCAUGCGUCUCAUUAAAAAUAGUUCAACCCAACAUCGUGCUGCUAGAUUCAGAACACCAAAUGAGUGGGAUGAGGAUGAAGAUCAGAAUGAAGAUGUGCAGGAUGUUGUAGAACUCGAAUUAGCAAUACGGCAUCUUCUUCAAGAACCAUACUGGGCGCGCACAUGGAUCCUACAAGAGAUUGCUGUGUCCAAGCAGAACCGGCUUGUCUGUGGUCAGGAAGAGAUAUAUUUUCUCGAGCUCGCCGUCAUGGCCACGCUUACCCGUGCGCAUUUUAGAAAGAUUGACUGUGCCAGGAUCAUGGAUUACAACAUCAAAAACGCAGUUGCUAUGGACUUGGCCAGUGUCAUCUACCAAGCAAGGGAGAAUUGGAGCUCCCGUGGGCAGGACUACAUCUAUGCGCUCCUCGGGCUGGUAUCAGCAGGCGUGGGCCAGGAUUUACAGCCAGAGAUCAGCACAUCCGGAUGUAAUGUUAUUUCUCUUGCUAUUAGAGCCAUCCUUGCGGAUCUCCAAAAGAGUGAUGUAGCAGCCUGGGAGCACUGCCACGCACUCGCAAAUACGGCUGUGCAUUCACCACUGGACACUAGCUUUGAGACCGAGCAGCAACGCAGCAACUGUCUGGGAGCACACUGCAAUCCAGAAACGCAGUGCUGCCCGCAAAACUGCUCACGAGGUGCCACCAAACAUUGCGAUGCCCUCACCAUUUGCCGCAAAAUAGCAGACGAAAUAUGUCGACAUCGAACGGUAGAAACCUCCUACGACUUCACACCCAUUGUGCCCGACACUGCCCAAUCCCGCAACCUACUGUCCUGGCUGUUCAACAAUCAGCCUGAUAAAGCCUCGGGUCGAUAUACACACGCGCAAAGUGCUCAAGGCCGCCAACGUAGCUCGUCUUACAACGUUUCAACACCCCAACUCUCUCAUUCCCGUCAAACACACUAUCGAGAGUCAUCCUCGACCACCGAAACCCCACCAACCCCAUAUAGCCCACCAACCUCCUCAAGCCCAUUAAACCAACCUCAUCAAACCACCCCACCAAUUCCCCUGAACCCACCCUCUCCAUCCAGCCCCCCAAGUUCUCCACACUCGCUCUACAGAAACCACGGUCCUAUUGCGAGUGCACGGUCAAGUCACCAUAGACGCCACCUACCACACCAUCAGCGUCAUCCAAACACGUCCGAAAUUCACAUCCACCGCCGUCCGAAUCCCCGUGGCCACGCGCCCUCGCCAGAUGACUGCAUUGGCAAACCGCGACAACGGGCCAGGGUUGAAAUUGCUUUUCAUUGA